CUGUGGGGAGUGUGCGGGGUUCGGAGCCCGCGUGCGCGAUUCGGAGCCCGCGUGCGCUCCGAGUUCCCGUCCCUCCCACGGUGGACUCGCGCUGGAGAAGGCUGGCAUGCUCGCCUCUGAUUGGUCCGGACGCCACAAUACUGCAGCCACGUGACCUGCCUGUUUUCCCCCACAGUGAAGCGUGUGGAGUUAAAAGACGGGCCGCUGCCUUCGAGCAACACGAGCCGCUCGCUACUAAUGCCUGCGCGGUGACCCGGACGCUGCGGUGGACUGGACCCGGAGCCCGGAGCCCGGAGCAUGGCGGCCGCGCUGCAGAUGAAGCAGUCCAGUAUGGAGCAGACGCGGAAACGCAUCGACCCGAGGAGGAGACAAGCGGCGCUGUCUUUCCUCAGCAACAUUUCGCUGGACGGAAGACCCGUCCAGGAGCCGCAGAACCAGGAGGAGAGCUCGCUGGAACCGAGGACUCGGCUCAGUGUGGUGUCCCCGGAGCGCUGCGGAGCCGCCAGCAGCGGCAGCCGGGGCAGCGUGAGCUCCAGCGCCGAGGCGGAGGGAGAAGUUCCUCCGGGCUUCAGCUCGCCCUUCUCUGCCCUGCCGCUGUCGACCAGGGGGAGGCUGCAGACCUACACUCAGGGAAUCCUACCGGCAACCUUCACCCGACAGAGCUCCCAGAGCUACAGCCUGGAGGGCGGACAGGUCGCCUCCUCCGCUAUGGAGCUGCAGCGCUCCAGGCGGAGACUCAUCUCUCAGCGCUCGUCUCUGGAAACUCUCGAGGACAUCGAGGAAAACGCACCUUUGCGCAGAUGUCGGACCCUCUCAGGUUCCCCCCGACCAAAGAGCUUCAAGAAAGUCCACUUCAUCAAGAACAUGAGGCAACACGACAUGCGCAACGGCAGGAUAGUCCUAAUCAGUGGCAGAAGAUCCUUCUAUAGUGUAUUUUCUGUCCUGCCCUAUCGAGAUUGUAGCCAAGCGGGGGAUGUGAAGCUGGAAGGAGGGCGCCAGCGCCACCCGUCCGGAGGAGUCAGUGCCAAAGAGAUGGUGGUGGGGCUGGAGGGGGUGGAGCUGGGGGCAGAUGGGAAGACGGUGUCCUACACCCAGUUCCUCUACCCCACCAACGUGCUGGGAGGCCGCCGGAACACCAUCGACUCCACCUCCUCCAUCUGUCAGUCGCGGAACGCUAGCCACCGCAGCCUGAGCUUGGGCCGAGCCAACAGCAACCAGAGCAGCCUGGACACAGGUGAGUUGGCCGCCGGCGCUCUCGCAGGCCCCGCCCCCCUCGCUGACCUGCCCUGCUGUCUGGCCGCAGGGAAUGAGCUGGAGUUCCGGGAGUAUGACCCCAACCUGCUGGAUGACCCCCAGUGGCCGUGUGGGAAGCACAAGCGCGUCCUCAUCUUCCCCUCCUACAUGACCACCGUCAUCGAGUACGUGAAACCCUCCGACCUGAAGAAGGACAUGAACGAGACCUUCAAGGAGAAGUUCCCUCACAUCCGCCUCACGCUCAGCAAGAUCAGGAGCCUGAAGAGGGAGAUCAGGAAGCUGGCUCAGGACGAGUGCGGCUACGAGGAGCCCACGGUGGCCAUGGCCUUCGUCUACUUCGAGAAGCUGGUUCUUCAGGGCAAGCUCAACAAGCAGAACCGCAAACUCUGCGCCGGAGCUUGUGUCCUGCUGGCGGCCAAGAUCGGAGGAGACCUGAAGAAGCACGAGGUCAAGCUGCUGAUCGACAAACUGGAAGAGCGCUUCCGCGUGAAUCGCCGCGAGCUCAUCGCCUUUGAGUUUCCCGUCCUGGUGGCGCUGGAGUUCAACCUGCACCUGCCGGAGCACGAGGUCAUGCCCCACUACAGACGGCUGCUGCAGGCCUCCUAGCGCCGGCGAGCGGUCGCCAGGCCGACCCUCCUCUUCCUCCUCUUCCUCUCAGAGACUGGGCCAAAGCCAAGACGGGUCUGUGAGGACCUGCGUGAUUGUACCAUUUUCAUCAUCUCUGCUUUUGUAACCUUUGAUGUGAUUGGCCGCCGGACUGUGGCUCGGCGCCAAACGAGUCUUAAAAAGUGCACUUUUCCAAUGAUGAGACUCAAGUUUGGGAACUGAGGAAAGAAGAAGCUGUUUUCAUACUGGUCCCCUCCUCCCCCCACACGCCUCCCUGUGCUCUAUGUUAGAGUGUAUUUCUGGCACGUUUAUGGUGCUUCCUUCGACGAGGUCAUGAAGCUUGUUCAUGAGUGCAAAAAUGCCAUUGACCCGCGGGUCCGGGUGGGACGGAACCAGGGGUUCCGACCCGGCCCAGACGGUGCGGUCGACCUCAAGUGUCCUCCAACACGACCUCUGAGAGCAGAAUCUCCACCUUCAUUGGACUGGGUUGUGGAAAUCGGACCUGUGAAUGUUUCAAUUCGGCGCCAGAGAAAACUUGAAUGGACUCGAUGCUGCUCUUAUCUGAAACCAAAUUAAGAUGUGAACCGCUGACCUUGCUGUUUUCAACGUCACAAGACGCCAGUCGACUUUUCAGCCCAAAGAUUUUGCUAUUGGACGGAAACUCGUGGGCCGCACGGAUCUCUGUGUUCUCCUGUAAAUAAACGGCUCUGCUCCUUCAUCUGCGUCCUUUCUGAACUCGGGU